AUGCCGGAAUUGUUCCGAUACGACCAACCGCAGGAGGAAGCAACCAUGCGACUACUUCACAUCUACCCAGGUCAACAGAACGAUGAUCUCGAAGGAGACCUCAUGCAUCUGCCUUUACACGCGACUGGAUCAUUCGAAGCACUGUCGUACACAUGGGGCACAAGAAGCAUCGAGCAGUCCAUUUACGUCGCCGGCAAACGCAUAUCGAUAACUCCGAACUGUGCAGGUGCGAUUCGCAGCCUUCGCCACCGCAAUCGCGUACGAGUGCUGUGGAUUGAUGCGAUAUGCAUCAAUCAGAAUGACAGUCAUGAAAGAGCCGAGCAGGUCGGUAUGAUGGUUGAGAUUUAUGCUCGUGCUGAGAGGACUGUUGUCUACCUCGGAGCCGGGGAUAACACCGUUCACGUCCUUAGGAACAAGGCCCAGAUCAACCCUGGAAGUGGCAUUGGAUCGCAACUGGGUCAGCAUGAUCAGAUCGAAGACGCAAAGGCUCGUUUAUUGGCGCGAGAUUGGUUUCAUAGAAGAUGGAUCAUACAAGAGGUGCUUUUAUCUAGAGACAUUAUUGUGCAAGUGGGAUCACAUGAGUUCACUUGGGCGGAGCUGGAGAUAUUGGAUACUGGUAAGGAGAUCGAGGUGACUCAACUUGCAAAGAAGUAUCUUCACCCUUGCAGUUUGUCUACGACACAGGCACCGAACGGACAAGACUGGGAUCCGAAGGCCAAGGCAGCAUGGGAAGAGAUGUUCGAGCAAGGCGAGGUUGUCAGCAUGGCUAAGCAGCGUGAGAGCACUGCAAAUCUGCAAAGAGCCAACAAGUAUCGCUCACCGCAUACGGGUUUCCUGAUGCCGCCACAGUUGUUCGAUGUGCUCUGCAAUACAAGUGACUUUGGGUGCAAGGAACACCGAGAUCGUGUCUUCUCCAUCAUGUCGCUAUUCGCGACAAAGUCUGACAUCCUACUGGAUCAUACUUGCAACGAGCAGGAUAUAUACGACAGCUUGACGCGAGAGCUCAUCGCGUUGGGUGACACACGCUUCUUGUGGCUCGAAGAUCGAACAACCUGGCGACCAAGAUGGCAAACAGCACUUUCCACCCUAUCAACAUUCGUCCGCGAAAAAGGCCGUGCAGCAGCGCAGAACAGCUCAGCAACAGAUAUAGGUCGUCUGCAAAAAGAGCUCCAACUAGAGCGUCGCAUCGGCAUCCAUUCCUGCCCUUCCAAGAUCAUCUGGACAGCGCAAGGUAUCCGCCUAGGUCGUAUCUCAAACAUUUCCACCCAGCCUUUCGAACACCGCCAUAUCAUCCCAGGUGACUUGUCAACAGGUGACCCUCAUCACCAAUGCUGGACCUCAAUCCUUAAAAGCCUCGCCCUCAAACCCUUCCCACACUAA